CCUUCUUAUGCCUGGCCUGCUUAUUCUACUUCUAUUUGACCCUUCCCUUUCCGUCCAUUAUCUUCACCCUCGUUCCCUCCUCUCGUCCCCCUUCUCCUCCUCCCUCACCUCUCUCUUUUCUUCGCGUCGGUCCUUUAAUCAUACCCACUUCAAAGUCCUCCUUUGCUGGGGCUCUUAGUAACUAAUACCGAAGGCCAAAUCGAUUAAUCUGCGCCUUCGAGAACCGACGCUCGAGCGGAACACGACGCAUCUCGACACCAGUGCCGAGCGGGUGGCUAUCACACGGCAUCUUUUUCCGACUCUCGACUCACUUACAAGCACAACGAUCCUAAUCUUCGGCACCGCUGUCACAUCAGCCAAAGCCAUUAGCCAUGGCAUUCGCCGGCAUGGCUUCCGUGCCCAACUACGACGGCACAGCCCAGACGUCUGGUGUCCCCAUCAGCUCCGGCCGCACACAUCAUCACGAGGAGGAAGACAUCGCCGCUGCAAAUCAAAAAACCGUUGAUACCGCUGCGACCUCCGUCACCGAGGUUGCUGCCAGCGACUCGGCCCACAAGAAGUCCUCGACCCCCCACGACAGCGACAAAAUCUCUGCCGAGGACGAUGAGGAUUCCGAGAUGGAGCGACGCCAUUCCCUGGUUCAGUCGCUCGCCCGCAAAUACUCCCACGCCUCGGCUACUGGCUCCGUCGGCGGAAACCCCUUCUUCGCCGAAGAGUCCUCGCCCCUGAACCCCAGCUCUCCCAACUUCAACGGCCGCGCCUGGGCUCGCGCCAUUGUCGACCUCGUCGCCCAGAACGGUGCUUCUUUCCGCACAUCAGGCGUCGCCUUCCAGAACCUUAACGUCUUCGGAUUCGGCCAGGCCACCGAUUAUCAGAAGGAUGUCGGAAACAUCUGGCUCAGCGUCGCCGGCCUGGCCCGCAAGUUCACCGGUGGUGGAAAGACGAGAAUCGACAUUCUCCGCAACUUCGACGGCCUCGUCCGCAAGGGCGAGAUGUUGGUUGUCCUGGGCCCCCCCGGUUCCGGCUGCUCUACUUUCCUCAAGACCAUCGCUGGUGAGACAAACGGUCUCUACACAGACGACACCUCCUACUUCAACUACCAAGGAAUGGCCGCUAAGGAGAUGCACACCCAGCAUCGUGGCGAGGCCAUCUACACGGCCGAGGUCGAUGUCCACUUCCCCCAGCUGUCUGUUGGUGACACCCUCACCUUCGCCGCCCGCGCCCGCCAGCCCCGCCAACUUCCUGAGGGUAUCGACAAGAACACUUUCGCCCAGCACCUGCGCGAUGUUGUCAUGGCCCUUUUCGGCAUUUCCCACACCGUCAACACCCGCGUCGGUAACGAAUACAUCCGUGGUGUUUCCGGUGGCGAGCGCAAGCGUGUGACCAUCGCCGAGGCCGCCCUCUCCGGCGCCCCUCUGCAAUGCUGGGACAACAGUACCCGUGGACUGGAUUCCGCCAACGCCAUCGAAUUCUGCAAGACGCUUCGUCUGCAGACCGAGCUCUUCGACAGCACUGCCUGUGUGUCUAUCUACCAGGCUCCCCAGAGCGCCUACGACCUGUUUGAUAAGGUGGCCGUCUUGUACGAGGGUCGCCAGAUCUUCUUUGGCAAGGCCACCGACGCAAAGCAGUACUUCGUCGAUCUUGGAUACGACUGUCCCGCCCGUGCCACCACGCCCGACUUCCUGACGUCCAUGACCAGUCCCCAGGAGCGUCACGUCCGCCCCGGCUGGGAGAACAAAGCGCCUCGCACCCCUGACGAGUUCGCCACUGCGUGGAAGAACAGCGCCAACUACACGGCCCUCCAGGCCGAGAUCGAGGAGUACAAGCAGACGCACCCCCUUAACGGUCCCGAUGCCGAGGCUUUCCGUGCCUCCAAGAAGGCCCAGCAAGCCAAGGGCCAGCGCGCCAAGUCUCCCUUCACGUUGUCCUACGCACAACAGAUUCAGCUCUGCCUGUGGCGUGGAUUCCGACGCUUGGUCGGUGAUCCCAGUAUCACUGUUGGUUCUCUCAUCGGAAACGUCGUCAUGGGUCUCAUCAUCGGAAGUGUCUUUUACAACCUGCAAGAGACCACCGAGAGUUUCUUCCAACGCGGUGCCCUACUCUUCUUCGCCCUGCUCAUGAAUGCCUUCUCCAGUGCUCUCGAGAUUCUCACCCUCUACGCCCAACGCCCGAUUGUCGAGAAGCACGCCCGCUACGCCCUGUACCACCCGUCUGCCGAGGCCGUGGCCUCCAUGCUGUGCGACAUGCCGUACAAGAUCAUGAACACCGUCGUCUUCAACUUGGUCCUCUACUUCAUGACGAACUUGCGCCGCGAGCCUGGAGCCUUCUUCUUCUUCCUCCUGCUCUCCUUCUUCACCGUCUUGACCAUGUCCAUGAUCUUCCGAACCAUCGCCUCUUCGUCCAGAACCCUGUCGCAAGCCAUGGUUCCUGCUGCGAUUCUCAUCCUGGACCUUGUCAUCUUCACCGGCUUCGUCAUCCCCAUCGACUACAUGUUGGACUGGUGCCGCUGGUUGAACUACCUCGACCCCCUGGCGUAUGCCUUCGAGGCUCUCAUUGUCAACGAGUUCCACGGCCGUAACUUUGUGUGCUCCGAGAGCAACAUCGUGCCCAACCCUAACGUGGCCGGUUACGAGAACCUCCCCUCCGCGCAGCGUGUCUGCAGUGCCAUCGGCUCCGUCGCUGGCCUUGACUAUGUCAGCGGCGAUGACUACGUCGGUUCGGGUUUCCGUUACUCCUGGAACAACCGCUGGCGCAACUUCGGCAUCCUCAUCGCCUUCAUGCUCUUCUUCCUGAUGACGUACAUGGUCACCGCCGAGUUGGUCUCCGAGAAGAAGUCCAAGGGUGAGGUCCUUGUCUUCCGCCGUGGCCACAAGCCUGCCGCCCUCAAUGAGAAGCACUCCGACGACCCUGAAGACAUCCGCGUUGGCCCCGUCACCACUGCCGACCGCAACCGCGUCAACGAGAAGAGCGACGGACUCAUCGAAGAGCAGAGGUCCACCUUCCACUGGAACAACGUCUGCUACGAGGUCCAAAUCAAGAACGAGACGAGACGCAUCCUCGAUCAUGUGGACGGCUUCGUAAAACCCGGCACCUUAACUGCGCUCAUGGGAGUUUCGGGAGCCGGCAAGACAACUCUUCUGGAUUGUUUGGCUGAUCGUACCUCGAUGGGUGUCAUCACGGGUGAGAUGUUGGUUGAUGGAUGGCACCGUGACGCCUCGUUCCAGCGUAAGACGGGUUACGUGCAGCAGCAGGAUCUGCAUCUGCAGACCACCACUGUCCGCGAGGCUCUCAACUUCAGUGCCCUCCUUCGCCAGCCCGCACACGUUCCUAAGCAGGAGAAGCUCGACUAUGUUGAGGAGGUUAUCAAGCUGCUGGACAUGGAAGAGUACGCCGACGCCGUUGUUGGUGUUCCGGGUGAAGGUCUCAACGUCGAACAGCGCAAGCGCCUGACAAUUGGCGUUGAGCUCGUCGCCAAGCCCCCUCUGUUGCUCUUCGUCGAUGAGCCUACCUCCGGUCUCGACUCGCAGACUUCCUGGGCCAUUCUCGAUCUGUUGGAGAAGUUGACCAAGAGCGGCCAAGCCAUUCUCUGCACCAUUCACCAGCCUUCUGCCAUGCUCUUCCAGCGUUUCGAUCGUCUUCUCUUCCUUGCCAAGGGUGGCCGCACCGUAUACUUUGGCGACAUUGGCGAGAACUCCAAGGUUAUGACUUCUUACUUUGAGCGCAACGGCGGUUUCCCUUGCCCCCACGAUGCCAACCCGGCCGAGUGGAUGUUGGAGGUUAUCGGCGCCGCCCCGGGCUCGCACACCGAUAUCGACUGGCACCAGGCGUGGCGCGGUUCCCAGGAGUACCAGGACUUACAGACCGAACUGCAGAGACUCAAGGACGACCGUGGCGCGCAGCAGCCGCCUACCGUGGACAAGACCAGCUACAACGAGUUCGCUGCGCCCUUCUUCGGCCAGCUCAAGGAGGUCACGCACCGCGUCUUCCAACAGUACUGGAGAACCCCCUCGUACAUCUACGCCAAGGCCGCCCUGUGCACGCUCGUCGCCGCCUUUAUCGGUUUCGUCUUCUUCAAGGCCCCCAACACCCAACAGGGCCUGCAGAACCAGAUGUUCGCCAUCUUCAACCUGCUCACCGUCUUUGGCCAGCUCGUCCAGCAAACCAUGCCCCAUUUCGUCAUCCAGCGGUCCCUGUACGAGGUGCGAGAGCGCCCGUCCAAGGUGUACGGCUGGAAGGUCUUUAUGCUGAGUCAGAUCAUUGUCGAACUCCCCUGGAAUACGUUGAUGGCUGCCAUCAUGUACUUCUGCUGGUACUACCCCGUCGGUCUCUACCAGAACGCCAUUCCCGCCGACCAGGUCACGGAGCGUGGUGCGCUCAUGUUCCUGUACCUGCUUGUCUUCCUGCUCUUCACCUCGACCUUCACCGACUUCAUCAUUGCUGGUUUCGAGACGGCAGAGGCUGGAGGCAACAUUGCCAACCUGCUCUUCAUGCUCUGCCUCAUCUUCUGCGGUGUCCUCGCUAACCCCGACUCCAUCCCCCGCUUCUGGAUCUUUAUGUAUCGCGUAUCACCAUUCACAUACAUCGUGUCAGGUAUGCUUUCAACAGCUGUGGCCAAUACCGAGGUCUUCUGCGCAGCCAACGAGUUCUUGCACUUUGAUCCUCCUUCUGGAGAGACGUGCAUCCAAUUCAUGGGCAACUACAUGGCGGAGAGGGGUGGUUACCUCCUGGACAACAACGCCACCACCGACUGCCAGUUCUGCACGAUCCAGUACACCAACGUGUUCUUGGCCGGUGUCAAGAGCGAUUACGCCGACCGCUGGAGGAACUUUGGCAUUGCCUGGGUCUACAUCAUCUUCAACAUCUUCGCCGCUCUUGGUCUGUACUGGCUCGCGCGAGUGCCGAAGAAGGGUGGUCUCUUUGGCAAGAAGAAGACGGAGUAAACGGCCGAAUCCCCUGCACGAAAUUGUGCUUCCUGAUAUGAGAGGAUGAGAAAGAUAUGAAAGAGAAAACGAAAAGCAACGUGGUGAGCUUAUGUGUGUAUGAGCGAGCUGUUCAUAGAGGAGGGCUCGGGUGCAAACCUGGAGGAUGUAGACACCGCCCUUGGUGGGCCUUGUCAGACUGGUGUCAUUCAUUCUGGGUUAAUUGUUUGUUAUUUCACGGAUGCAUGGCGGUUUGAUAUCUCCCGUGUACACAAGUCCCCCCCUCUUAAUGGGGACUCUGUAGAGGUCUUUCAACUCUCUGUUAUUGUCAGUCUUAAUAGAUACCUAGAAGUAAGAUUCUGU